AUGGAAGCCAUUGACGCCAUUCCUCAGUUUGCAAAGGUUUUGAAAGAUCUGCGUACUUCAAAAUGGAGGACUAAAAGUCAGGACAAAGUGCUCCUAACGGAGCAAGUGAGCUCCAUUCUCCAUGCCGAUAUCCCAAUCAAGAGUAACAACCAUGGUUGUCCCACCAUCCCUAUAACUAUCACAUGCCAGAAGUUCGAUAAGGCUCUACUGGAUUUAGGAGCAAGUAGUGUGAGAGUUCCAAAGGGGGUGGUGGAGGAUGUUCUAAUCCAGGUGGGCGAGUUCCUUUUUUCAAUCGACUUCAUUAUCCUAAACACAUGCCCGAUACCGAAGGUCUUCAAGAAGACUCCUAUCAUCCUUGGUCGUCCCUUCUUAGCCACCUCCAAUGCCAUCAUGAAUUGUAAAACUGGACAAGUCCAAAUGUCGUUUGGGGAUUUGAAAAUGGAGGAUCCUCUAGAGAUAGCCUUAACCACUGAGGAGGCGUCAUUCUUAGAUUCUCCAGAGGUAGGGAGUUUGAUGGAGAUGCUUGCAGUAGAGUAUGUGUGUGGCACCGCUUGGGACGUAGUUCUUGAGCUGCUGGGUGCCACAUUGUCUAAAGCUCUCCCAUCGUCGGUCCAGCUGCCUAAAGUGGAGUUAAAGCCUCUGCCGGACACUCUUAAGUAUGCCUUCCUUAAAGGUGAUGAUACUAUUCCGGUGGUGAUCUCCUCAUCUCUUGAGGCAGAUCAAGAGGCUAAGUUAUUUGCCUUAUUGAGAGAGCACAUAGGCACGAUAGGCUAG